AUGGAGUCUUUGUCUCUGCGUCCUCAAACGAUUAGGCAGGAAACUAUUGCUUCUUUCGCACAUUUAGCGAAUUUACCUUGCAACGUAACUUAUGAAGAUGCUACACCAACAGUUUUAAUUGGUGCAGAGCAUUGGCAUUUGUCAAUCAGCAGCGAGGUACGGUGUGGUGGUAAGAAUGAACCCGUUGCCUGUUUAACUGCCUUAGGCUGGGUGCUUUAUGGAAUCGCGUCCAGUAAAACUAAAUCAGUGGAGUUUGUUAAUCACGGUGUGUGUAUCGAACCUUCCGAUGAGGAGAAAUUAGACUCUUUUAUUAAGGAACAAUACAAAAUUGAUUCAUUAGGUAUUUCUAAAAAAGAAACUCUACAUUCUAAGUCAGAUAAACGUGCAGUCGAGAUUUUAGAAAAAACUGCUAGACGUCUCCCCACUUCUGGUCGAUUUGAGGUGGGUUUGCCGUGGCGUGACGAUAUACAACGCAUUCCCGACAGCUACCUUCAAGCCAUGUCACGAUUUUUAAGUCUAGAAAGGCGCAUGGCUAAAGAUGCUGACUUUGCAAAAGCAUAUGACGUGUUCAUUUCAAACAUGAUCGCUAAAGGCUAUGCAGAAGAAUGUGCUCCCGAGUCAUACUACGCCAACCACAUUAAAGAUAAACAAUCUUCUUUUAUGAGGCUCUAUUUACCCCAUUUUGGCGUGUAUCACCCUCAGAAACGUAAGCUUCGUGUAGUUCACGACGCCGCAGCCACGAAUGCGGGCGUCAGCCUAAACUCUUUGUUGCUACCUGGUCCAGACCUGCUUCAGUCCUUGUUAGGUAUUUUACUUCGGUUUCGCGAGGGCCGUAUUGCUCUCACUGCUGAUAUCCGGGAAAUGUUCCCUCAAGUAAGGAUCAGAGAGCAAGAUAGGGACGCCCUCCGGUUUCUCUGGAGGUCAAGCAGAGACCAACCUAUAAAGGAGUUUAGGAUGACAGCCAUCAUUUUCGGUGCGUGCUGCAGUCCAUUUAUAGCGCAAUUUAUUAAAAAUAAAAACGCUCGUGAGCACGAAAGUUUAUUUCCUAAAGCAGCUCAUGCUAUUUUGUACAAUCAUUAUAUGGACGAUUAUAUUGACUCUCUCGAUGACAUUCAAGAGGCAGCACAACUAGCGGCGGAUAUUGUUGCCGUUCACAAUGAUGCCUACUUCGAGAUGCGGGGCUGGAUUUCCAACGAUCCAUCAGCGCUAAAAUUUAUUCCUGCUGAUCUUAGGGCCACUCAACCGUCGUUGGAAAUCAACCUUGGCAGCUGCUCUGUAAACAAUAUUAGAGCGUUGGGAGUAUUGUGGAAUCCCAUAACAGAUAAUUUAGGGUUCCGCUCAGGCUUAGGUGAAACAUUUCCAAACCCUCUCACAAAACGCAAAGUUCUUUGUCACCUCAUGCGUGUGUACGACCCGUUAGGCUUAUUAGCUCCAAUAGUUGUUAAGGGUAGAAUUUUAUUUCAACAAACGUGGAGGUCUAAUGUCGACUGGGACACCGAGUUCCAACCCACGGAAGCAUUAAGAUGGUCUGAUUGGUUUCAGGAGUUGUCAAAAGUAACUUCUUUGGAAAUUCCGCGUUGGUAUUCUAACUCUAAAAACUCUGAACCAACUCAGAGGGAGUUACACGAUUUUGCUGAUGCAAGUGAGCUCGCGUACGCAUGUGUCGCUUAUUGGCGCCUUUUAUACUCAGACGGCAGCAUCGAGCUUUCUCUCAUCUCUAGUAAGGCAAGAGUUACACCCUUGAAACCUAUCUCUAUCCCACGUUUAGAGCUCCAGGCCGCUUUAAUAGCUUCUCGUCUCGCGGUCACCAUUAAGGACAGUCAUAGAAAACAACCGGCACAUACUUUCUUUUGGACCGAUUCUAUGACAGUCCUUCAGUGGUUACGUAAUGACGCGCGCUCUUUUAAGCCUUUUGUUGCCCAUCGUUUAGGCGAAAUUAUUGAAAACUCUUGCGUCAGAGACUGGCGAUGGGUACCAACGGAAUUGAAUGUUGCCGACGACGCUACCAGAACGAGAUCAAUUAACCUCGACACGACCCACAGAUGGUUUCGCGGUCCAUCUUUUCUUUUUAAAUCCGUUGAGGACUGGCCUACAGAGCCAAGGUUUGCCUCACCAAACACCGAUGAACUUAAGACCAAUAGUUAUGAGUUGGUCGGACUAACUUCCUUUGUCGAAGAGUUACCGACUCCGGUCACAGCCAUUUUUGCUAAUUUUAGUAAUUGGCAGCGCUUAUUACGUGCCACAGCCCGGGUACUUCAAGCUGCGGCAAAGUUUGGUGUAAUUUUGGCUUCCAUUAGAAAUUCUAAAUUGAAAGGCGAAAUUGUUUGUGCCCGCCAUCCUUCAACGUCCACUACUCUGCCACCUCUUAGUGCAGAUUUAAUAAAGGCCGCCGAAAGGCAAAUUAUGCAACGAACACAGGUCGAGAGCUUUUCCAUAGAAUUUCUUCAUAUCCUGAACUCGAAGCCUAUUCCUCCGAACAGUCGUCUCAGAAAACUGUCACCCGCUUUGGGAGAGGACAAGUUGCUGCGGUUAGCCGGAAGAAUUAAAGCCGCAGAAGGCAUUGACCCUGACACACGCUUCCCCAUCCUUCUUGACGGUCGUCACCCAAUUGUACGUUUAUUGGUACAAUUUUAUCAUCGAAAAGCGGGUCACGCAAAUUAUGAACUAGUCGUGAACGAAUUAAGACAAAAAUUCUGGUUGUUAAGACUGAGGAACACAGUGAGAACAGUAGCAAAAGAGUGUCCACUCUGCAGAAUUAGAAAGUCCUUGCCGGUGAACCCGAAAACAGGAGAUCUGCCACCUGAAAGAUUAGCUCACCAUCGACGGCCCUUUACUUUUACGGGUCUGGACUACUUCGGCCCCGUAAGCGUCACUAUCGGGCGCAGGCAUGAAAAACGUUAUGUAGCCCUUUUCACCUGUUUAACUGUCAGAGCCCUUCACCUAGAAAUGGUACAUAGUCUAUCGACUGACUCUGCUAUCAUGGCUAUUAGAAGAUUCAUUGCAAGACGGGGCUGUCCAAACAUUAUUUUCUCGGACAACGGAACCUGCUUUGUUGGUGCCAAUCGCAUUCUCAGAGGUUUCUAUGGAGAAAAUGUCGAAGAUUUCACAAGCACUCAAGGAAUACUCUGGAAGUUCAUCCCACCGGCGGCACCUAAUUUCGGAGGAUGUUGGGAGCGCUUGGUGCGAUCAGUAAAGGUAGCUCUGAACGCAACAUUAACCGAACGAGCUCCAAAAGAAGAAACCUUGAGCGUUUUACUAGCCGAGGCAGAAGCCAUUGUCAAUUCACGUCCAUUAACUCAUGUAUCUACAGAUCCUGACGACCCGACAACACUCACACCAUUUCAUUUCUUAAUCGGUUCUUCGUCCGUGCAGACCUUACCUACUGCCUUGAACGAUCACGAUUUGGUCAGCCGUUCCGAAUGGAGGAAAGCAUUGAGGCUAGCGGAUCAUUUUUGGUCGCGUUGGAUGCGCGAGGUUCUCCCGACCCUACAACCACGUGAGCAGUCAAGAGGCAACCGCAGUUCAACAGCUCUUCAAGAGGGUGACGUAGUAAUUAUUGCUGACUUCAACUUGCCCCGCGGAAUAUGGCCACGAGGACGUGUUGCGAAAGUGUACCCUGGGAAAGAUGGCGUGAUAAGGGUAGUGGACGUUGCAACAGCAGGGGGAAUGCUACGCCGACCCGUACGAAAGCUGGUUAGGCUCUCCACCUAA